AUGGCCACUCGUACGCGCUGUUUGUACAGCCUGGCGAAGACGCCGUUUCACCGCACACAAUGGCAACGGAUACGGAAACCUCAUCGAUCUUACUCAUCCGGCUCAGUCGAGGGCUCUGGCAACCGCGAAUCGAUUCCGCAAUCGACGGAUCCAGAGGCCGCAGAAUGGUUUCAAACCCUCCGCAAAGACAUGCUCAACCGUGAGCUACCGCUAGAGCGCGACACCAUUGGACAUACAACAGAAAAGAAACUCGAUAAUACUUUAUACUCAUUCUUCCCGGAAGGAUGGCAAACGUCACCCACAACCGAGCGUCAAACUACACCGAUGCCUUAUGCGAUUGGCGAACAUUUGUACUUCUGUAAUCCGGCCCUUUCUGAUGGUCAAUUAUUGCCCGAUGGCACCGAUCCAUUACAUAGCCCUGGUGGCUCUUUUGUACGCCGUAUGUGGGCCGGCGGCGCUGUCAGAGUAGACAAGAACCUCUAUUUUGGCGCAAAUACUGGUUGGGCUUUGCACAAACAUAUCCUGUGUUUUGAGCGUAUAAAGGAUGUGAGACUACGAGGUCAGGGUGACAACGAGAAGAUCUUCAUCACGAUUGAGCGCAAGUUCGCCAGAUACGACCCUGUAUUCCAGGCUGUUCAAGGUUCCAGGGACAAACCCAGGCGAGGCCCUUCACUGGAUGUAGCUCUGAAGGAAGAAAUGCGCAACCUGGACCAAGCCUUUUUGACAGAGGAUCGCAACAUAGUGUUCAUGCGUGAGCGGUCUGCUGGUGAGCUUCAAGAUAUUAAGGCGGGCAAGUUGGCACCCGUCAAAUACCUUCAGUCACUUGGACAACCUGAUUUCUACCACGCACUGACCCCUACAAGCACACUACUUGCUCGCUUUUCGGCCCUUACUUUCAAUGCGCACCUCAUUCAUCUCGAUCGAGAGUACGCUCGGAACGUUGAAGGUCAUCGUAACGUCCUCGUACACGGCCCGUUAACGCAGACGCUCAUGCUUAAGUUCAUUGGUACUCAUCUCCAGUCGAUUUCCGAGGGCGCGCACAUCGUGGAAGCCAUUGAAUACAGAAACCUUGCGCCGUUGUACUGUGGUGAAGAGUUGCGUUUGUGUGCAAGAGAAAAGGUUGGGGCACGUACGGAUGACGCUCGGAUAUACGAUAUAUGGAUCGAAGGUCCGACAGGAGGAAUGGCUGUGAAAGGCCUCGUGCGGACAGUAGAGAACCGUCAAUUACCAGUGCAAGAAACGGCGUAA